AUGGAUAUUUUUGGAGGUGCUCCUCGUGUUGUGGGCUACCCGCGCCCUGUGCUGGCACAGUGCGGCACCGACGCCACGCUGAGGUGCCAAAUCGCUGGCGACCCCCGUCCUGACGUGAUCUGGGAGCGUAAAAAUGUCCAGAUCUUGUCUGAGGGACGCUACAAGCUCGCCGAGGAGGGAAAGGCUUACCUGCUGACUAUUACUGGAGUCACCCUGCAGGAUGCUGGCCAGUACAUAUGCAAGGCUAGAAAUAGCAUAGGUGACACGGUCGCGGCAGCUUCCCUCAAAGUGGAAGAAGAAGCACAGCAGCAGGAAGAGGGGCAGAGGCAGCUAGGGGUCAACGGCGUGAAGCAACAAAAUGGAGGACACCUGAAUGGCUACUGUGAAGUGCAAAAUGGUGACCACAGGGGAGAAAACGGAGCGGAGAUAAAUGGAGAACACAAGUCUGAUUUAAUAUCUGAUGAGAAGCCUCGAUUCCUUAUCAAGCCGCUCUCUCUGCGCGUGGACAGAGGAGAAGACGCCGCCUUCUCCUGCAAAAUCUGGGGCACUCCUGUACCGGAGGUGACGUGGGAGAAAGACGGGAAGAAGCUGCCCGACAUCUUCGAGAGUUCACACUUCAGCGUGUGCAGCCAAGAUGGCGGCUGGUUCCAGCUCAAGGUCUACAGGACGCGCAUGCCAGACAAAGGCGUCUACACCUGCCGGGCCGUCAACUGCCAGGGCGAGGCCUUGGCCGGCGCCAUCCUCCUGGUGGAGCCCGUACCAGAGCGGGAGGAAAGCAAAAGGUCCUCAAGUGGUCAAACUAACAGCCAGUGGUCGCCAAAGCAGAGAGGCGGGCGACUCAGUUUGUCGAGGCUCAAAGAGGAGGCGCCCGUCAACCCGGCUGCAGUCAAGAAGUUCGCGGUGGCCGAGGGGAAACACGCCAAGUUCCGCUGCUUCGUGACGGGGAAGCCGAAACCCGAGAUCAUCUGGAAGAAAAACGGCGUUCCCCUUGAGCCCGGGAGGCGCCACCUGAUAUUUGAGGACAGGGAGGGGUACUACACGCUGAAGGUUCUGUACUGCAAAGAGCCGGACACAGGGCUGUAUGUUUGCGCAGCAUCGAACGCUCUGGGAAACACCCUCAGUGCCGUUCACCUGUCUGUCAAAGGCCACGCUGUCCGCUUCAGGCAUCCAUUAAAAGACGUGGAGGUGAGGGAGCGGGACGUUGCCGUGCUGGAGUGUGAGAUGCCCGACGAGUCGCUGCCCGCCGCCUGGUACCUGGAGGACCAGCGGCUGAUGCCCAGCAGUAAAUACGGGAUGGAGCAGAAGGGAAGCAGAAGGAGACUCACCAUCCAUGACGUCGGGGCAGACGAUGACGGCGUGUAUCUGUGUGAGAGGCCUGACGGAGCGAAGAGCAUCGCCGAGCUGUCAGUUAAAGGUACUAUUGUUCGUAAACUUCCUCGGAAGCUGGAGGUCCUGGAGGGCGAGAAUGCAGCGUUCUGCGUGGAGGUGGAGGAGGACGAGUUGGAGGUCCACUGGUUCAAGGACGGCCUGAAGCUGCACGAGACCCACCAGACGAUCCUCAAGACUUUUGGCAGAACUCACAUCCUGGUCUUUGUCAACGUGGCCCACCACGACUCAGGGGUGGUGACGUUUGUCACCGGGGGAUCCAAGACGUCUUCACGCCUCAAGGUCAAAGCCUCCAGACACUGUCCCCCUAUCGGCCCCGGGGGCGUUCAGAUGGACGUGGAUCGACCCAACAGCGCCCUCCUCACCUGGGUUCCUGCCCCCAACAGCCAGACGUCCACCCGCUCCAUCUUCGUGCUGGAGAGACAAGAGGUGGGCUCCCAGGAGUGGCAGAAGUGCUUCAGCUCGGAGAGCGCCACCUCGGCCGAUGUCGGUGGCGACAGCGUGCCGUGUGAGGGCGACUACCGCUUCCGCGUCUGCUGCAUCAACAAGUACGGGCGGAGUGGUCACGUGGAGUUUCCCAAAGCCGUCCACCUGGCUCCUGGGCCCAAAAUUCUCAGUCGCCUCCAGGGCUGUGAGGUUGUGGAGGGCGAAGACGCUCGCUUCUCCAUCGAGCUGUCCGCCUCCAUGGUUGGAACCUGGUUCCUGAACAGCGCCCAACUGCAGCACGGCGGGCGGUACUCCAUACAACAGUCCCAAACACAGCACUCGUUGGUAAUCCAUGAUCCCCACACGACGGAGGACACAGCCGAGGUCACGUUUAUAGCCAACGGAGUCCGCGAUUCGGCCGUGCUCAAGGUCAAACCUGCUGUGAUCAAAUUCAGCCCUCUGUCAGAAUCCGACAGCAGUAAGACGGUGGAGAGUGGCGAUGCUAUUGUUCUCUACUGUGAGGUCUCCCACCCCUCGGCGAAGGUUUCCUGGUUCAAAGAUGGCGAGGAGCUCCAGCCGGCCGACGGCCUCACCGUCCAAUCGGAUGGGAACAUGAGGAGGAUUGUGAUCCAAUCGGCUGACGCGGGUCACUCUGGAGUUUACACAUGUGAGACUUCAGGGGACGUCAUCAAAUUCAACGUGGACGUUGCAGGUCCUCCUGUACAGUUUGGGCCGGUCCCACAGGAGGAGCUCCAUAAGAGCAGCAUGGAACUGGACCCUGUGGUGCUGCUCUGCCACGUCUCCAGGGAGGAUGCAGACGUCAAGUGGUAUAAGGACGGCCAUGAGAUCGUGCCCGGCGACAACAUCACUCUGCAAAUAGAAGGAACGGUGAGGAGGUUAAUAAUCCGCUCUGCAGACACCUCAGACGCUGGCAGAUACACCUGCCAGGCAGGAGACAACAGCAUGGAGUUCACCGUCAAUGUCAGAGAGCCUCCGGUGAUGAUCGUGGAACCUAAGGACGAUGUGGUGAUGGAGAGCUACAUCUCAGAGGAGAUCCACCUGCAGUGUGAACUGUCCCGUUCUGGCGGUAAGGUGCAGUGGUUCAAGGACGGCCAGGAGGUGGAGGAGAGCGGCGGCAUCCAGCUGCUCUCCGAGGGUCCGUACAGGAGGCUGACCGUCCUCUGUGGAUCGGUAGAAGAUGGAGGAGAGUACGUGUGCAAAACAGACGGAGACUCUGUUUUCUUUCAGCUUACUGUCACAGAGCCGCUCAUCAGAAUCGUGUUUCCAACUCAACCAGAGGUGGAACUGAGCCACUUGGCCUCCGAGAGGCUGGAGCUCAGCUGUGAGAUCUCACAGUCCGAUGCCCCUGUCCGGUGGUACAGAGACGGCCUAGAGGUCGACGAGGGCCCUGACUUGAUCCUUGAGGCGGACGGGGCUAAACGCCGGCUUGUCAUACCCAUGACCACAGUGGAGGACACAGGGGAGUACAUAUGUGACACUGAAGAUGACUCUGUGGCCUUCCUGGUUACUAUUACAGAGCAACUCGUGACACUCACUCGUCCCGAGAACACACCUGACAAAUUGGAGAGUUUCGCCGGUAAACCGAUUGUGAUGGAGAUCAACGUAUCCCGGCCAAACGCAGAAGUCAGGUGGUGGCUGGAUGGCGAAGAAGUAGAGGAGAGCUGUAACGUCACCAUGACCGAGGACGGGCUCAUCCGUCGACUGACCAUCCACGCCCCCUCCUCGAAGGAUUCUGGAAAAUACACCUGCGACGCUGUUGAUGAUCAGAUUGAUUUCCACGUCAAAGUUUCAGAGCCUCCGGUGACGAUCUUAAGAAAAUCAGAGAUAAAGACAGACCUAAAAUCCCUGAUUUCGGACGACAUCGUGCUGGAGUGUGAACUCUCCAGAGCCAACGCCGUCGCCAAAUGGUUCAAGGACGGCUGUCGGAUUGAGGACGAUGAAAGGUUCUGUGAAGAAGAGGAAGGUGCUUUCCGCUCGCUGGUCAUCCUCAACGCUGAGCUCAGGGACUGCGGAGAGUACUUCCUGGAUGUUGGAGAUGACAACAUCAGCUUCCACGUCAUAGUAGAAGAGCCUCCAGUGACCAUUGUAGGUAAUUCAAUUGACCCGGACUACCAGGAGAUGGUGGCAGGCGACGACCUGAUCCUGGCCUGUGAGGUGUCCCGGGCUAAUGCCCCCGUCCAGUGGUACUGCAACGACCGGCUGCUCGCCUGUGACCCGCGUACCAACAUCGAGAGCUACGGGACCCUGAGGAAAAUCAUCAUCUCAAAUGUGCAGCCCUCAGAUUCUGGAAAGUACAUGUGCGACGCUGUGGGGGACAAGAUGACCAGUGUCGUCAGGAUUCAAGUGCCUCGAGUGGUGGAGUUCCUCACAGAGCUCCACAACACCACCGUGCUGGAGGGAGAAGAUGCCACUUUCAAGUGUGUGGUUUCCCCCGAGGAUGUCCAGUUGGUGUGGCUGAUGGACAACGAGGCGAUCGAGCUGGGCGAUCGUUUCCAGGCGACCCGGAACGGCCUUUGCCACACCUUGGUGAUUAAGAAGUGCCUGAUGUUGGACUGUUCAAGGAUUUCAGCAGAGGCUGAGGGACAAAUGAGCAAAGCCAGCCUCAAAGUUCAGGAGGCUCAGGUCAUGUUUACGAAGAGAAUGGAGGCUGUCAUGGCAGAGGAGUUAGGCGACGCCACCUUGGAAACGGAGAUCAGCCUGGAGACGGGCGAGGUUCAAUGGAUGAGGCAGGGGGUGGUCAUACAGCCCGGACCCCGGCACACGCUCGCCCAGAACGGCUGCAAACGCAGUCUGACCAUCUGCAACCUGAACCUCUCGGACCGGGGAACCUACCGCUGCGAGACCCUGCACGACCGCACGCAGGUCAAGCUCAAUGUGGAACCCCGUAAAAUCGUCAUCCGUAAAGUCCUGGCCGACCAAGAGACCUUUGAGCGAGAGACCGCCUCCUUCGAGGUGGAGCUCUCCCACGCGGACGUGGAGGGAAUCUGGCAGAAGGACGGCAUCCGCGUGAAGCCGAACAACCAGUGGCGCGUGAGCACCAACGGGCUCGUCCACAGCCUCACCCUGUCCAACCUCACCCUGGAGGACACGGGCGCCAUCGCUUUCUGCGCUGAGGGGGCGCGCACCACUGCCAGGCUCACGAUCAAAGAGACGCCGGUGUCUAUCUUGAGAGCGCUGGCUGAUGUCCGUGUGGAGGAGGAAUUGCCCGCCACACUCGAGUGUGAAUUCUCCCGGCAAAACGUUGAAGUCAGAUGGCUCAAGAACGGGGCAGAGCUGAAGCCAGGGAAGAACUGUCGGAUCUACCCCAUGGGCCGGAAGCGGUUCUGUCAGAUCCUGCAGUGCUCCUGCGCCGACUCUGGCACCUACACGUGUGAUACAGGGGAAAUGACUACUUCCUGUUCGCUGGAGGUUUAUGCGCACGAGUUGGCGAUAGCGCAGGAGCUGGAGGAUAUUUACAUCAAGGAGGACCAGAAUGCCGUGUUCAUGUGCGAGGUUUCUCUGGUCGACGUGACGGGAGAGUGGUUCAAGGACGGCCACAAGAUCCGGCCCACUAGCACUAUCAAGAUCCGCACAGAAGGGACCAAACACUUCCUGUUGAUGUGCAACGUCACAGCCGAAGAUGCCGGUGAAAUCCGGUUUGUAGCCAGAGCCCUUGAAUCCACAGCUUACCUUGAAGUGGAGGAACUUCCGGUUUCCAUCGUCAAGCCCCUGCGGGAUCGCACGGCGCUGGAGAAGCAUCGCGUGAUCCUGGAGGUCACCGUGUCGUCGCCCCGCUGCGGAGCCUCCUGGUUCCGGGGCCGGGAGGAGCUGGUGGCCGGGGGCCGGCUGGAGAUCCUGGCGGACGGCUGCUGCCACAAGCUGGUGAUCCAGCAGGUGGUCGUGGAGGACGAGGGCACCUACAGCGUCCGGGUGGGGGAGCACACGUCCGAGGCCCAACUGCUGGUGGAAGCCCAGGCUCUCGUGAUGGUCAGAGAGCUCGAGGACGUGGAGGUGAUCGAGCCGGAGCCGGCGACCUUCCAGUGCGAGGUGUCUCUGGCCAUGAGCAAGCCCCCCAUCUGGACUCUGAACGGGGAGCCCCUCCACUCGGGCCCCGGCGUCCGGCUGGAAAACCACGGGACGGUUCACAAGCUCACCCUGAGGAGCACCAGCGCGGACAUGAGCGGGACGGUGAAGUUCACCACGGGCAAGGCCAAGAGCUGCGCCACGCUCAGGGUCGUGGAGGAGUAG